UUCACCUCAAUAGCAAGUCCGCUUCUACAAUGGCACUAGGAUUCCAGAGUGUACUGAAAACCAGCUGAGGCAUCAGCCGUGUGGACUGAGCAGCUACUGGAGUCUCCAACCUUCCGUUCAUAGGCAGCCUUUGUUGGACUAGCUAAGCCACAGCCUCCUGGACACCUGGUGAGCUGUAAGAACACCUGUCACGUCCUCUGCCUGACACCUAGACCUAGCAGCUGUCAUGGGCACCCCAGAGAGAGAAUGCUUCCUUGAGACCAUGGUUAACUACCUCCUGGACACAAACAGCACAGAGGACCUGCAACUCCUGCUGACACAAGAGGAAGCCUGGAAACAGUUUGUGGCAGGAGUUGAUUUGUCCAGGGAAGAGGAAGCUGCCUUGGGAGAAGCUCUUGCUGGGAUCUUUGCAGAUCCUGAUGGAGAAGAUGAAGACGAGCUCCAAAAUGACCUGCAGGACAAGAACGAGAGGAAAGAGGACGAUGCCUUGAGUGAAGCCCUUGGUGACACUGUAGCUGAUGCUGAUGCAGAGGAUGAAGAGAAGCUAGCUGAUGCUGAUGCUGAUGCUGAUGCUGAUGCUGAUGCUGAUGCUGAUGCAGAAGAUGAAGAGGAGCUAGCUGAUGCUGAUGCAGAAGAUGAAGAGGAGCUAGCUGAUGCUGAAGCAGAAGAUGAAGAGAAGCUAGCUGAUACUGAAGCAGAAGAUGAAGAGGAGCUAGCUGAUGCUGAUGCAGAAGAUGAAGAGGAGCUAGCUGGUGCUGAAGCAGAAGAUGAAGAGGAGCUAGCUGAUGCUGAUGCAGAGGAUGAAGAGGAGCUAGCUGAUGCUGAUGCAGAAGAUGAAGAGGAGAUCCAAAAUGUCCUGUGGCACAAGCAAAGGUUCUUGGAUGCUUAUCCUCGGGUGAAACUGGAACUUGAGGAGUGCAUCAGGAAGCUCCAUGCCCUGGCAGACAAGGUUGACAAGGUGCACAGGGACUGCACCAUCUCACAGGUGGUGGCCGGCUCCAGCAGUGCUGUGUCUGGAGUGCUGACAAUCCUUGGUCUGGCUCUGGCGCCUGUGACAGCAGGAGUCAGUCUGGCACUGUCAGCCACUGGCUUGGGGCUGGGGGCAGCCGCAGCUGUGACUAGUGUUUCCACAAGCAUUGUGGAAAAGGUAAGCAUGGUGUCUGCUGAGGCUGAAGCCAGCAAGCUGGUGCCAACCAAGAAAGACACAAUGAAGGACAUGAAAGAUGUUUUGGGUCUGAGUGGCCCCAGACUAGUUUCCUUAUCCAAGAAUUCCUUCAAGAACCUGGAAAACAUCAAGAAAAACAUUCAUGCCAUCAAACUGACCAAAGCAAACCCUCGCCUAGCAAAUAAUGCCAAGCGUCUCAUGACAACAGGGACGAUAUCUGCCCGAAAGACUAAACAGGUGCAGAAAGCCUUUGGAGGUACAGCUCUGGCCAUGACCAAAGGAGCCCGGAUCACGGGUGCAGUCACUGCAGGUUUUUUACUCGUACUGGACGUGGUCAAGCUUGUGGAGGACUCGAUGCAUUUGCAUGAGGGUGUUAAGUCAGAGUAUGCUGCAAAGCUGCGGCAGCAAGCUCGGGACCUGGAGCAGAAGUUGCAGGAGCUCAAACAGGUUCAUGAUACCCUGAUUCAGUGACCUCUUCCUCUUCAGUGCAGCUCAGAGGACUGGGGAGGGAGUGUGCUGGACAGGGCCAUGAACACAUGGGAGCCCCUGACUGUAUCCCCUUCACAGCAGUGCCUGCUAAAGGGAGAAGGCACAUUAAGAGACAGGAAGCCAAAACACAAAUGGGACAGUCUCAUGACCUCUUACCAGACUCCAGCUCUUAGAUCCAUCAACUUCCCAACCAAGAACCAAGCUCCUGAGCUGGGACCACAUCCAAGUCCUGACAGAGCCACAGCCCAGCCGCUCCUGAGCUAUGUCCACCACACUGCUCCCAACUGCUGCUUACAUCCUCACCGUCCACUGAGCCAUCAAUCUUCCCACCACUUUUUGAUUGAUGACACGAAGACCUUCUCCUCUUUUCUUCUUCUGCCUAAUUGUGUGUUUUUCCAAAUAUUUCUCAAUCUGACCAUCAGACUCUGGUUGUGAACAUCACUUCCUCUUCUUGGUUUUGGGUCACGUGGGUGCCAUUGGUGAAAUGCUCAAGACUAGAAAGAGAGGAUGCUGGGAACACCAACUGUCUAAUCAUCACAAGUUCUUCACCCUACAUGCCACCGUGGAUGCUCACAGAAGGUGACGGGAUAUGGCUGGUGAGUCCUUCCUUCUCUCUGCUACCAGACUUCUGGGAAAUCGUAUGUUUUAAUGCCUAUUGACAUUUAAAAUCUGCUGCAAUUGCAUGAGAUCUGCCAAGGUGAACUGGACGGGCUACACUUGGUCCAUAAAUUCCGAAGAAUAAAUUUGUGAGCACUGA